AUGACUGAUGUGGUAAAUGUGGUUUCAGGCCAACUCAGUCAGGGCAGAGAUUGGAGCCAGCUCUGGCUCGAGUCGCCUGAACACAAUGACAUGAUUCAGGAGCUUGACAGCAUCAUUGAAGAGGCUGCUGCUAAGCCGCAAGCCGUCACUGGUGAUGGUCGCGAGUUUGCUUGUACGCUUUGGGAGCAAACGGUCUUGGAGCGAGGCCGGUAUUGA